UUGGUUUAUCAUUGAAAGUUACAAAAACUAGUUUAGUAUUACUAAAGAUGACUGGUCAGCAAAGUUUAUUUAAAGAUCUCCUGGCAGGGGGGUUUGGAGGAACCUGUCUCGUUGCUUCCGGAUUUCCAUUUGAUACUAUUAAAGUAAGGCUUCAGACGUCAACCGCUACUUCGAAUGGGCUAUCUCCUGUCUACACAAAUGCUACUGAUUGUGCUCGAAAAAUAUUGAAAAAUGAAGUACUAGAAAUAUUUUUAUCAGGGAUUUUUUGGAUUUUACCCCAAUAUAUGCUUUAUGCUUUUUUGGCUACAACAUAUACAAAUAUAUUAUCAGCUGGAUUAUUAUCUGGGAUAUUUACGGUUAUUCUGAUGGCACCUGGAGAGAGAAUAAAAUGUCUAUUACAAGUACAGACAAAUUCUCAAGUUAAACUUUACAAUGGGCCUAUUGACUGUGCAAAAAAAUUAUUUAAAGAAGGUGGGAUGCGAUCAAUAUAUAAAGGAAGUCUCCUAACACUGUACAGAGAUGUACCCGGAAGUGGAGCAUAUUUUCUUACCUAUAAUUUAUUAAAGGACAAACUAUCGUCUGAUGAGGGACUUAGUCCUCUUAAAACGUUAUUUGCAGGAGGAAUGGCUGGUGUAUUCAAUUGGGUCGUCUCAAUGCCUCAGGAUAUGAUUAAAUCUCGUUUUCAGACUGCUUCCGUGAAUACGUAUCCGAAUGGGUUGAGAGAUGUUGUUUCUGAAAUUAUGAGGGAGGGUGGUCCUCUAGGAUUCUAUAGAGGAUUCGCUCCUGUCAUUGUCAGAGCAUUUUUUGCAAAUGCAGUUCUCUUCUUUGUAUAUUUUAGAUGUGUUUCAUGGGAUAUGAAACAGCUAUUUGGACGUUAA